UUUAACUUGCUCAACUGCAUGUUAGGUGUUGGUACUGCAGGCAGUUCAAUUAAAAAUUACUAUUUAAGUGGAAUAAUAAGAAACUCAUUCAAAGGACCGAAAGAAAAACAUGCACAUCAAAUGCCAAAGCUUCGAGGAUACAUUCUUGACGAUGAAGAUUCUUAUGAUGUAAUACCGCUUCAAAAACGAGCUUGGAAUUCAAUCAACAAUGCUUGGGGUAAACGAGGCUCAGCGUUAAGACCUAUGGGAUGGAAAAGAGAACCAGCAAGACUUCAUUGGAAUAAUCUUCGAGGUAUGUGGGGAAAGCGGUCACAACCUCAAAGCUGGAAUAAAAUCGCACCAGCUUAUAUAAACUGA